AUGGCGGAAAAUUUGACGGAUCUGAUCUUGCGCGCAUUCUCGCCGCACGUGUCAGUGCUGGCAUCAGCCGAUACAGAAGAGCUCAUAAGGCACAAAGGGAUCAAUGGUGGCUUGUUGGAAUUGCUUCGGCCAUUUGGUGAACAUGUCCAAGGCAAGGUCACGGUCCGUGACAGUGGAGGCGUGAGCCGGUCGUGGGAGGACUUUUCAGUCCGCUUCAUUGGCGCAAAGGAUGGGCUUGAGCCUCCCCGUUCAGGAGAUCGAAGGACAAGGUUACGUACGGGUGGUGAUGUCCCUCAGAUUGAGGAGCUCGUGGAGCGACACCUGACUUUUUCUGAGGAGAGCUCCGGACCGGUCGAGGUGGAUUACAUCAACUCCCAAGACGCGGUUGUGGCCGACCCGAACGCCAUCUCUCCUUUUUAUGCGCUGUAUAUCCGCAGGUUAUUAUCUGGCCUGCCAAUGGUUCCAUCGGAAACGUUUUCUCAUCCUGUCGCGGCGGUUAUUGCCAUUUCAUCACGAUCGCCAGCUCCUAUUGAGGAGUUACGAAGCCUCUACGACUCAUCGAACAGCGGUGACCGCCGCCUACCACAAUGGGUGCACAAUGAAUUCUUACGAUAUUAUGUGCUGAUUCAUGAUGAAGAUUAUGACGACAUCACCAAGUCUAUGGCAUUAUACGAUCAAAUGAAGCGACAUUUCGGCCUUCACUGCCACCUGUUACGACUUCGCAGCACGCAAUCCGUGCCUUCCGACGAUGACAGCAUAAAACUUCCAAAUUGUGAAUGGAUUUCUGCAAGUGAGGAGCUUUCAGAAAUUGUGCGCCGAGAAGCAGACGAAGACGACGAAGAUCCUACACCGUACAUAUUCGAAUCGGAUGCAUCUGCCUUGCGAGCAUUUGUGCGAGAAAUGGUCACGCAGUCGAUCAUUCCAGCCAUGGAGCGGGCAUCCGCCACGUGGAAUGACCAGGUCGCAUCACGACGUCGUGGUCUGAGUGGCCGCUUCAUCACGCUGUCCAAGCGAUUUACGGGUUUCAGUAGUCGUGCUGCAAACGUGCCAGCUUUGUCAGGCGGUGGCAACAAUUACGACUCGCUUCAAGGUUUCUACCGCCCUGAUGCCCCCGAGGCGAUCAUGCGCAAGCUUGCCGAUUACGCCAUGAUGAUCCGUGACUUCAAACUCGCCCAGAGCGUUUAUGAGAUCCUGGUUCAGGAUUUCAAGAGUGACAAAGCAUGGCGCCAUCUCGCUGCUGCUAAUGAGAUGGCUGCCGUAAGCACGCUUCUCGCGCUCACCGGCAAUCUUAGCAGUAAGGUGCGCAUCGAAACCAUCGACAGUUAUAUCGAGACAGCAUAUUAUUCCUACUUGAACCGCGUGACGGCGCCAUACAAUGCGCUCCGCACGUUAAUACUCAGCCUCGAACUCCUUCGACUUCGCGGAGGCAGUGCCGUCGACGACGCCGCCCGCUGGUCGAACAAGAUUCUCGACGAUCGCUUGGUAGGACCCAUCGGCCAUGUGCUCAUCAUGGAGCGCAUCGCAACCUGCUUCGCCGAACGGAAAGGCGUCGGCGCUCUUCAAAGUGGCAAUCGGCAGAGAAAAGCCGCUUUUUGGAAUCUCCUAGCCACUGAUGCCUGGCUACAGCUGGGCAAAGCCGCGCAAGCCGAAAAACGACUCGCCGAAGCGCGCAGACUCUAUGCCAGAACAGCAAACAACGCGGCCAAGGGCGCAGAACAACACUCGACCACGCCCACCCGCGACCCGCUCCUCGACGAACCCAUCCAAGAAGACACAGAGCAGCUCGGCCCACCCUCUCCGACCGCCACCAUCACCGCCGCAUACCGUCGGAGCCUCCUCGGCGCUGCGCCUCAGGCGCCUCUACUGCAGCAACCUCAACCUCCCCGGCCGCCGCCCCCGCCGUCCGUGCCCUCGAGUCUCGAUCCGCUGGGUGUCAUCGCGAAUGCAUCAGCUGACGGAUCCGCACCGCUUCCGCCGCCGGCUUCAUCGACGGCGAGUCCGAGCAAGGAGAAGCGGGACCCGCGCGCGGAAGGGUUCGAGUGA